UUUUUUUUUUUGUUUACUAUAUAAAAUACAAACAAUAUGAGUGAAGACGAAGAACGAGAUACUAUUGGACCUUUACAAACCCCUCGUAUUGUCGAAAGUGGACGCUCGACUAAUAAAACAGGACACCGAUUAUCACUUCCGGAAACGACCAAUUUUGAUGAAAGCAGGAUACGUGAUAUGGGAAAUAUGUAUGCAGCAUACAAUAUGAUGGUUAGGACAGCUUCUCCAGUUGUCAAUGGUCAAAAUAGUGAACGACCUAUUCAUAUGGGCAAUCCUGGUGUAGUAGGUUUAUGGGGUUUUGCUGUUGUUACUAUACUAUUAGGUGUUUACAGAUUAUUUUUACCUUGGAAAUCUACCAAUAUAUUACUUCCUACUGCUUUGAUGUUUGGAGGUUUAGCUCAAUUGGUUGCAGGGUUUCUUGAUUUGUUUGUGGGUGGUACAUUUUCGGCAGCCAUUCUAAUAUCUUAUGGAGCGUUCUGGACUGGCAAUGGUAUCUUGAUGUUUCCUACUACAGAUGCGGCCUUGAAUACUUAUGUCAAUCAUGAUGAUUUGAUGCAAGCUCAUGCAAUUUAUGAUAUUAUAUGGGCUCUUUAUACAUUUAUGUUGACUCUAUUAUCACUACGAAUUAGAUCUGGUACAUUUAAUUUGACCUUUAAUUUAUUUUUUGUCUUUCUUGCCUUAUUAUUAUCUGGUAUUCAUUUUAUGGUCGACAUUGAAGCUAUUAUUCGAGCGAGUGGUGUAUGUGCUAUUUUGGCAGCUCUCGGCGCGUUUUAUAGUGGUAUAGCAGCUAUUCUUGAAGAACAAGGUCAACAUUGUUAUGUAGGACAUUACCCUUGGACUAGAAACAUUUAAUUAUACUUUCUUUAUAUCUGUUUAUCUAUCUAUCCAAUUCAUCUGUUAUUAAUAAAUCUGU